GAAAAUCAUAGGCUCUCUCUCAAUUUUUUUUUUCUCUUUCUUUCUCUGAGCGCUGAAAGGGUUUUCUAGGGUUUGAUAUAUUAGCGCAUUGCAACGGCUCUGCCCUGAGAUCCAGAUUUUGAAUUGGAUUCCAUGCAAAGCGUUUUGUUAGGGUUUAUGUUUUUAUUCUAAAAAAAAACCGAAUUAGAUUUUCCUGGGCGAGCGCAUUGGAUUAUGCUUCCCGAUUCGGCGCAUCUCUCUCUCUAUCGCGAUCUUUGGUUUUUUGCAUUCUUGGGGGUUUAUACAAGGAUUCAAGAUUUAGGUUUUUUUUUAUUAAUUUGACCCUCGUAAGUUCUUUGAAUUAUUUACUAUCUGGCUCUGUUCUGCUUUUUAAUUUGAAAGAGCUUUUCUUUUUUGGAUCUGAAAGUGGGUAAUUAAGUGAUUUUGAGGAAUUACAAGGUGGAUUCGAUUCUUUUAGGUUUUAUAUAGUUUUCGAGGAUUUGGGGAUGACAUUGGUUGGCAUAAUUAAAAAAGGUUUCGGUUAUACUCAAUUUUUCGUUCCCCGAUUUGUGUUAUUGUUCGUAUAUUUUGCGACUUUGUGAAAUUGUGAAAAAAAUGAAAUUUGACAUUACUGGAGGAUAGGAAGAACUGUUAAAUUCAACUGAAAAAUAUCAAAGUAUAUUAUUUUUGAAAUUGUCGAGGAAGGAAUAAGUGCUGGUAUUCGUUUAGGGGGCUGAAUCGUCUCAUUAAGAUCAUUUCGAAACGUCGGAAGUUAAAUAGGUGACUAAACGGGUAAUGUUAGAAAUCUUUAAGAUUUAAAGUGUUGUGAACCGGAACGUUGUUUUGGCAAGAAACUUUUAUUACCGGGUAUGUGGCUAUCAGUAGAUUGAAGUUGGAGACAAUAAUUGAUUGCCCCUGUUGAUAUGUGCAGUAGUUGCAAGUUAAUCUUAUGGCACCAACUGUUCCCAUAGAGUUUGCUGGGCAGAAGGAAUCUAGAAAGUUCUCACUUUCGCAAACGAUGGGAAAGUCUCGAAAGUACUCUGGAGGGCAUUCUUCUGGUUUUGUUCAGUACUCAAAAGGGCAUUCUUCUACUGGUUUUGUUCCGGAUUACCGUCAUGCUGCUGUUGAGACAAUGGGAGAAUCAGAAGGGUUUGGAAGUUCAGGACGUGUUGACGUGGAAAUGACUGCUUCAGAGGAUUCAUUUGCACCUAAGAGAAAAAGCAUUAGCUUAAAUAUGAAUGGUUAUGAUAGUUUUGGUGUACCUAUGCAAGUUUUGUCAUUUUCAAGGAUGUCACGAUCUGAAAGGAAGGAUUUAGAGAUGAAGUUGAAAAUGGAACUUGAACAAAUCCGUACACUUCAGACCAAAGUUGAGAGUCUGAGUACAAAUGUUGUUGUGUUAUCACCAUCUAGUGAUAUUCGGAGCUGCAGUGAUGGAAAGAAAAGGCCUCCACUUGAGAGUAUACAUAGGUUGCCGGAGGUAUCGGCUCCACCGAGUAACAAAAAGGCUCCUCCUGGGCGUAAUGGACAGCGGACAAAAAGAAGUUCAUCUGGCCGUUUUGAGUUGGUAAAAUCCCAACCACCAGCUAAAACUUCAAUUGCUAUGUUGAUGAAGCAGUGUGAAAAUCUGUUGAUGCGGAUGAUGUCACAUCAAUAUGCUUGGGUGUUCAACACUCCGGUUGACAUAGUGAAGUUGAACAUUCCAGAUUAUUUUACAGUCAUUAAGCAUCCAAUGGAUUUUAGCACUGUGAAGGGAAAGAUAGCUUCAGGUCAAUAUUCAAGUCCUUUGGGUUUUGCUGAUGAUAUAAGGCUUACUUUUUCAAAUGCAAUGACUUACAACCCUCCUGGAAAUGAUGUUCACGUUAUGGCUGCGACACUUAGUAAAUAUUUUGAAGUGAGAUGGAAAGCUAUAGAAAAGAAGCUUCAGGUAUCAACAGAUGUUCAAUUAUUGCCUUCAAGAGUUGAUCUUCAGUCAGACACCGGAACUACCGAUCAACUACCACCUUCAAAAAAGAAGAAAAUUACACCUCCUGUGUCUGCUCACGAGCCAGAGACUGUCCGGCAGAUCAUAAAUCAGGAGGAGAAAGAUAAGCUGAGUAAUGAUUUGGAGGCUUACAUGGCAGAAUUGCCUGAAAAUAUUAUUAGUUUCCUAAAAGCACAUUGUGAUGGCCAAGGCGAUGAAGAUGAGAUUGAGAUUGAUAUGGAUGCUCUUGGUAAUGAUAACCUGAUUGUCUUACGGAAGCUUUUGGAUGAGUAUGUGCUGGAAAAGCAGAAAGCUGCGGCGAAAGCUGAACCUUGUGAAAUGGAGCUUCUUAAUGAGUCAGGACUUAGCAACUCGUCGAUGCAACCAUGUAAAGGCAAUGAUACGGUGGAUGAGGAUGUGGAUGUUGUUGGGGGAAAUGAUCCGCCCAUUUCAACCUUUCCACCGGUGGAAAUAGAGAAAGAUGCAGCUCAUAGAAACAGUAAAUGCAAUAGCUCCAGUAGUGAAUCAGGCUCUUCAUCAAGUGAUUCUGAUUCUGCUAGUUCAUCUGAAAGUGAAUCAAAUGCUGUUAAAGCUUCUGUUCCUGAUACUGCUGCAGAGGAAAAGUUAAAUUCUGGACCAAGCUUAGAUCAGAAGAGAAGUGAUCUUGGUGAUUCAGAAAUUGGAAAUCAUUUAUUAAAUGAGGAGGCUCAGGUAGAGCAAAAUUCGAACUCCAAGCCACUUUCAGUUGAGGUGGAUAACCUUCAAGAGGGGGAGAGUGCUCCGUCUGAGAGGCAAGUCUCCCCCGAAAAGCUCUACCGUGCAGCUAUAUUGAGGAGACGCUUUGCUGACACCAUACUUAAAGCUAGAGAGAAGGCACUUGAAAAGGGUGAAAAGCGAGAUCCUGAAAAACUAAGAAAGGAGAGAGAAGAACUUGAAAGGCGGCAAAAAGAAGAGAAAGCUCGAUUGCAAGCAGAGGCAAAGGCUGCUGAAGAGGCUCGAAAGAAGGCUGAAGAAGACGCUGCAGCUGAAGCAAGAAAGAAGAGGGAAUCAGAGAGAGAAGCUGCGCGACAAGCAUUACAACUGAUGGAGAAGACCGUCGAUAUUAAUGAGAACAGUCAGUUUAUGGAAGAUCUAGAAUUGCUCAGGGUUUCCGGUGAUGAACAGUUACCAACUUUCAUGGACGAGGCUAGCCCUGAGCUUUCUCAGAAUGGGUUAGGUAGUUUCAAAAUGCAGGGUAACCCCUUAGAACAACUUGGAUUAUACAUGAAGGAUGAUGAGGAAGACGAGGAAGAGGAAGGCCUGCAAGCUCAGGAACUUGCAACAGAACAAACGAACGAUGUAGAGGAAGGAGAGAUUGAUUAAAUCAGUCAGUGACUUUCUUCUGUUUAUUCUUGUUGCCUAGUCAAGCAAGAGUGGAAAAUGGUGAACCUGAGGAAUGUUGGCACUUGAUUAAAAUCUACUUUUGCAACCUGUCUUUGGCCAGAAAAUUCUUAUAUCUUUUCCUGUUUUUGGCCAGCAAUCUUCAAACCUUAGAAUAUAAGAGUAUGAACAGGCAAGAGAAACAUGAUCAGCUGCUAUGGGUUUUGGAUUGGGUUUGGGUGCUUUGUGAUUGCUUAUCUUGCUUGGACUCGGGUUGGGGGAUUUCGGUUACCGGUACAUAUCUAUGAGUGUCAGAUCCUUUUUGUUCUUCUAAAGUUUGGGAAAUGGGGGUUUGGCAAAAAAGGAUCCAAGCUUUAGAUACAGCUCUGUGGAUACGAUUUUAGAAACAUUAAAUGUUAAAGAAAUUUAUAUACUAAUGAUUUUAGA